AUAAAAAAUAUAUGUAUGUACGUCCAUAUAUCUAAUAUCAAAAUGUGUAUACAAAUUUAUGACGAAAUUCAUUUAUGAUUAUCCAAUUUGUAAGAAAAUGUAUAGAUUAAUAUUAAAGUUUAUGCAAAAUCUGAAUGUGUAUGUCUGACGCAAUGCGGUGCAUCGGUAAAUGUAUAAAAGGAAUGCACAGUCUCUGAUAUGGCUCGCAAUUCUUUCAACGAAGACGAUCAAUUCGUGCGCGUGCCUAGUCGAGACAGAGAUUUUCAAGCGCAUUGACCUCAGCCAUAAACCUAGGGUCGCCAACUUAAUAAAAAUUUAUAUGUUGAAAGAAUAGCAAAGCAUAAGUAGUUGUAUUUGCAUUAUAUCUGAAGAAAGAUUGAAAUAAUCGUAAAAUUCUAUUAAUCACGAUACAAAAUGUUUUAUCCAUUUUAAUAAUAUUCACGUUUUUUCGAUCGCUUAAAUGAUAUUUAACGGAUAAAAUAAAGAUAAUUAAAUAUGUCAAGUUUUCUCAAUUUGAUUUGUACUUUUUCAGUUAUAAAAUUUUGUCUACGAAAUAUUUGUAAGAAACAUUUUUUAAAUAUCUAUACAAAAAUAUGAACAAAUAAAAUUUUAUGUUAUCUAUUAAAUUUGUAUAGUCAUUUAAUAUAGGAACUUUUGAUUUAUAUGAUAUUUAGUCUUGAUUGGCUGAGAACAAAUGACGCAUUGAAUUAGAAUUUAUCAUUUGUACGCAAUCAGCAAUAUUUCUAGUAGAAUCUGGAAAGGUUUUAAAGAUGGCGGCGUCCUUUCGGCUUCGGCAUGCGAUAAAAUUAGGAAAAUUGUUUCCUAAACGAAUAACUUAUAAUGUCGAAAGAAAGAUUAUUGAACGAACAUGUAGACAACUUGCCGUAAUUCCUGGUAACCACAUACGUUGUUUGUCAUCACAAACAGCAACUCAGUCUUCGACUGAAUAUCAUAAUAUAAUACAAGAUACAGAAAAAGUUACAGGAGAAAAAGCUAAACAUGACUUUCAGUCAGAGACUCAGAUGUUAUUGCAGAUCGUUGCAAAAUCAUUGUAUUCUGAUAAAGAGGUAUUUGUUCGUGAAUUGAUAUCUAAUGCCAGUGAUGCUUUGGAAAAAUUAAGAUAUCUUAGAUUAAGUAACACUGAAGUUGGUGAAGUAGCUGGUGAUAGAAAUUUAGAAAUUCACAUUGCUACUGAUAAACAAAAUCGUAUAUUAACUAUCCAAGAUACAGGAAUUGGUAUGACACAUGAAGAAUUAAUAUCCAAUUUAGGAACAAUUGCUCGUUCUGGUUCCAAAGCAUUCUUGGAACAAAUCAAAGAUAAGCAAAAUGAAGGAGAUCCAUCUAAAAUUAUUGGACAAUUUGGAGUUGGUUUUUAUAGUGCAUUCAUGGUAGCAGACAAAGUUGAAGUUUAUACUAAAUCUUAUGCAAAUGAUGCUGACGGUUUUUGUUGGUCAUCUGAUGGAUCUGGAUCUUUUGAAAUAUCACAAGCAGAAGGUGUGCAACCAGGUACUAAAAUUGUCAUACAUUUAAAACCUGACUCUCGUGAAUUUUGUGAUGAAAGUGUAAUUAAAGGUAUCAUUACGAAGUACAGUAAUUUUGUAGGUAGUCCUAUUUAUGUUAAUGGUCAAAGAGCUAAUACAAUACAGCCUCUGUGGAUGCUUGACCCAAAAGAUAUUACGCCUCUACAACACACAGAGUUUUACCGAUUUAUUGGAAACUGUUUUGAUACUCCAAGAUUCAUAUUACAUUAUACGACCGACGUACCAUUGAGUAUAAAAGCAUUAUUAUAUUUUCCGGAAGAAAAGCCAGGUCUAUUUGAUUUAGCUAAAGACACAGCUGGAGGAGUAUCAUUGUACAGUCGAAAAAUUUUAAUUAAAAAUAAAGCGGAAAAUCUUUUACCUAAAUGGUUACGUUUUGUAAAAGGUGUCGUUGAUUCAGAAGACAUUCCUCUUAAUUUAAGUCGCGAAUUGUUACAAAAUAGUAUUUUAAUUGGAAAAUUACGCAACGUACUUACGGCUCGUAUAUUAAAGUUUUUGCAAGAUCGAUCUGUAAAACAAGCUGAAGACUAUAGUAAAUUUUAUAAAGAAUAUGGAUUAUUUUUAAAAGAGGGUAUUGUUACUAGCAAUGAGCAAUCAGAGAAAGAAGAUAUAGGAAAAUUAUUAAGAUUCGAAUCAUCUGCAACUUCUCCAGGAGAGUUAAUUAGUCUUCCACAAUAUUGUAGCCGUUUUGCUCAAGAUCAAAAAUAUAUAUACUAUUUGUCAGCACCUAGUCGUACAUUAGCGGAACAAUCACCGUACUACGAAUCUCUUAAAAAACGAAAUCUUGAAGUUUUAUUUUGUUAUGAACCUUAUGAUGAAUUAGUUUUGAUGCAUCUAAGACAAUUUAAUUCUCACAAUUUAGUAUCAGUUGAAAAAGAGAUGAGAGAUAAUAGCGACGCCACUAAGACAGAAAAUUUAGGUAUUAUUAAUAAGGAAGAAAUGGAUAGUCUCGUAAGUUACAUGCAAAAUCUUCUGAAGAAAAAGGCUUAUGAAGUUAAAAUGACGAAUCGCCUUGAAUCACAUCCUUGUGUAGUCACUGUUCAGGAUAUGGCUAGUGCGAGGCAUUUUAUACGCACGCAGAGUCAUCAAUUAAAUGAAGAAACGCGCUACAAUAUUCUUCAACCGAGAUUUGAAAUUAAUCCAUCUCAUCCAUUAAUUAAAAAACUUUGUCAACUAACGAAAAAUGAUUCAAAACUUGCGGAUCUUCUGAUACAACAAUUGUUCAUGAGUGCAAUGGUCGGUGCAGGAUUGAUUGAAGAUCCACGCAUACUAUUAAAUCCGAUGAAUGAAUUACUAACGUUGGCUUUGGAGAAACACUAAAACUAUUAUUUUGUUUCAUCUAAAAUGUAA